AUGUCUGACGUUAACCCACUCGAUGUUUUGGCCAUCAAGAAUGUCGUAUCGCGAUAUUGCCAGGCGUUGGAUUUGAAGGACUUUGAUCUGCUAGGGAAGGUUUUCAUAUCCGAUGUCGAAGCCAGCUACCCUUUCAACGAAGCUAUGAAGAGCCUUGAUGAGGUGAAGGAUGCGAUCAAAAACCGCCUCGGACCAGUCCGCACACAUCAUAACCUCACGACGCAAACCAUCACAUUCAGAUCCGAUGCGCAGACGGCGCGAGCUGUAACGUACUUCCAGGGUGUACACUUCGGUCAAGGCCCUCACGAGGGCAAGAUGCUAUGCGCGUAUGGCAAGUACGUGGACGACAUGGUAAUGCUGGAAGCGAAGAACGGCGACUGUGAUGGUGUGCGCGGUGCGAGCGGGGUCUGGAGGAUCAAGGACAGAACAGUCACCUUCACCCAGCGGAUCGGAGAUGAAAAGAUUAUGGAGGAGCAUUGA